CCAGCACCCAGGAAACGCGCAGCCGAAGACGACGGCGCGGGCCCCACCACCCGGAGCGCAAAGGCGCCAAAGACAGACAAGACAGACACCUCGCCCAAAGCUGCCCGCGGCGGGCGCGGCGGCAAGAAGGGUCUCAAGGCGAACCUGGCGGCGAGUGCGUUCAAGGCGCGCGCGCUGCCCAUCCACGUCAACAUCACCCACACGCCGCCCGUGCUCGCCGACCGCGACGAGGGCACGGUCACGCUCGCGGCGACCGACCCGGGCUUCAUCGGGACCGCCGCGCUCGUCCCCAGCACGUUCGCGACCGGCUCCUACGGCUGGAAGGGCAGCAAGCGCUUCACCGUCGAGCUCGAGAACCCGGACGGCGGCGAGGAGAAGGAGAAGGUGCACGUCAUGCUCACGAUCAACGCGACUGUCAUCGGGAGCAAGGGCGCGAAGGAGGGCGAGGACGGCGCUGAGGCCGACGAGGCUGCUGCGGAGCAAAAGGAGGCGAAGGAGACGAAUGGCGAGGCGAAGGACGAGGUGGCGAAGGGCGACGACAUGGAGGAGGUCAAAGACGGAGAAUAG